UUCUGUCUUUUGAUCUUUGAGUGAUAUUCCAAGGCGACAAAGCAUCUUCUUGUUUUAAAACUGAUGCGUAUUUCAACUCACACCAUUCUUGUUUUUCAAUAAUAAUCACACACCCUUUUUCAAUUUCACUUGUUAACAACACAAAUGGGCGACGGUGAUCAGGCACUUGAAGAACACUUCGAUGUCCUCACUAAAACUGGUUUGAAAACUGGUGUCUCUAAACCCAGAAGUGCUGUUCAUAGAGACGGCGAUUAUCAUCGAGCAGUUCACAUUUGGAUAUUUGCCGAAAGUACACAACAACUUCUUCUCCAAAAACGUACCGAUUGGAAGGAUUCAUGGCCCGGAUUAUGGGACAUAUCCAGUGCAGGUCAUGUAUCUGCCGGAGAUACAUCCCUUAUCACCGCCAGGAGAGAGCUUCAAGAAGAGCUUGGUGUAACCCUCCCAAAUGACGCCUUUGAAUUAUUAUUCAUUUUCCUGCAAGAAAGUGUUACAAAUAACGGAAAGUUCAUCGAUAAUGAAUUAGACGAUGUUUAUCUCGUGACAACACUUCACCCGAUUCCUUUGGAAGCUUUUACUCUUCAGGAAUCUGAAGUUUCAGCUGUUAAGUAUAUCUCGAUCCAGGAUUACAAGCAGUUACUUGCUAAAGGAGAUCCUCAUCAUGUACCCUACGAUGUGGAUGGACCAUACGGUCAACUAUUUGACAUAAUAACCAAAAGAUAUCAAGACAACACGCAAGCACGAAGUCAACUUCUGCAAAAGAAGCUUAACCGUUAUUCUCCUAUCUCACUCACUGCUGACUUGACAGGUGUCACCGACGAGGACAAAGAAGUUCUGGUUUUACUAAUACAAGCUGCAAGAAUAAUGGAUGAUAUCUUUUACCAACAGGUUUGGUGCAGCAAUCCAUCUUUAAGAGAAUGGUUAAAGGGGCGUGAUCAAUUAUCUGAACUAGACAUGUUAAAAUGGAAGUAUUAUUCGAUAAAUAAGAGUCCAUGGUCAUGUCUAGAUGAAAAUGAAGCGUUUUUGACAACCGCAGACUCUGCUGUGAAAUUGCUUCCGGAAGCCACAAAACCGGUUGCUAAUUGGAAAGGUCUUGAAUAUAGAGCUGCGUUUCCCAUUUUGAAACCGCCUGGUGCUAAUUUCUACCCUCCAGAUAUGGAUAAAAUGGAAUUUGAAUCAUGGAUGGAAUCGCUUCCAGAGAACGAAAAGCAAGAAGCAACAGGCUUUUUUAACGUUAUAAGAAGACAUAACGACUCUCAUUCUAAUAAUUCUAGUGAUCUCUAUAUCAUCCCGUACUCUAAAGAAUAUUCAUUGUUUCUUGCAAAAGCUGCUGAGUUAUUGCAUAAAGCAGGGGAUUUGACCAGCUCACCUAGUUUGAAGAGACUAUUACAUAGCAAGGCUGAUGCUUUCCUCUCAAAUGAUUAUUACGACUCUGAUAUAGCCUGGAUGGAAUUGGACUCUAAGUUGGAUGUUACUAUCGGCCCAUACGAGACUUAUGAAGAUGUUCUAUUUGGGUACAAGGCGACAUUCGAGGCAUUUAUUGGGAUUCGGGAUGAUAAAGCAACCGCUCAAGUUAAACUCUUUGGGGAUCAGUUGCAGGUUUUGGAACAAAAUCUUCCAAUGGACGACACGUACAAAUCACCAGAUGUGAUAGCUGCACCUAUUCGAGUCAUCCAGCUUGUUUAUAAUUCAGGGGAUGUGAAGGGACCUCAAACUGUCGCUUUCAAUCUUCCAAACGAUGAGCGUAUCGUAAAAGAUCGUGGUUCAUCAAUGGUCAUGUUGAAGAAUGUUUCUGAGGCAAAGUUCAAGCUAAUUCUUCAGCCUAUAGCUGAUUUGUGUAUUGUAAAAGAGCAGCGGGGACUUGUUGACUUUGACUCUUUUUUCACUCACACAAUAUGCCACGAGUGCUGUCACGGGAUUGGACCGCAUACGAUAACACUUCCAAGUGGUCAAACGUCUACUGUGAGAUUGGAGCUACAAGAACUUCACUCGGCCCUUGAAGAAGCUAAAGCCGACAUUGUUGGCCUUUGGGCCCUAAAUUUCCUUAUUGCUAAGGAUUUGCUUCCAAAGAGCCUUGUUAAGUCUAUUUAUGUUUCUUUCCUGGCUGGCUGCUUUCGCUCAGUACGUUUCGGGCUAGAGGAAGCUCAUGGCAAGGGACAAGCGUUACAGUUUAACUGGUUAUUUGAGAAAGGGGGCUUUGUUUUGCAUCCUGACCAAACGUUUUCCGUUGACUUUGAUAAGAUUGAAGGCGCAGUCGAGAGCUUAAGUAGGGAAAUACUUACGAUACAGGCCAAAGGUGACAAAGACGCAGCACAAAAGCUUCUUGAAACAUAUGGGGCAAUGACACAGCCUUUGAAUAUUGCUUUGGAAAAAUUGGCAAAGGUUCAGGUUCCGGUUGAUAUAACACCGGAUUUUCCAGUCGUUACCAACUUACUGCGCAAAAAUUAACAACCUUUAGUAGUCUUUCUUCACUUUGGAUUCGCCUAUGGCUUUAUUCGCUAUUUGGUUAUAUUUCACAUUUUUAAGCUAAAUAGGCUUGUUAGAUUAAAGAUGUGUGUACAAAUUUGGUACAAGAUAUUUUAUCUAUUUAUGACCAAUAAAUUUUUAAGUUGCAA